AUGGAUAGUGAUAAUGAUCUUUUUGAAUUCGUCUCUGAUAACAAUACAGUUAAAAAUAUUACUAAUACAAGCGAUAGUGCGAAUAUUGCAUUUAAUAUUUCUGUUUCAAAAAAAUCUAGUAAUAGACUUCCCUCUCCU